CAUCCCCUACAGUAAUAAAAGACAAAGAUAAAUUGUUUAGCUGAGAAAUUUGUUGAUCAGUGGCCUGUUACUAAGAGAAAGACAAUUAAUUGCAGUUAUUAUAUGCAUCAUGAUACAAUAGAACUUCAGGAAUAAAGAGAACCAUCGAAUAUGAUGAAAUUUGGUGACCAUCGUAUAUGUAAUAACUGUUUUAAAGCUUUACAGUUAUCUGUGUACAGAAAGCAAUAUGUGCGGAUGAAAUGGACAUCUACAGCUGUCCGUCAGUCAUUUAUAGAUUUCUUCUGUCAGAAUCAUGACCACAAGUUUAUCAAGAGUUCAUCAAUUAUCCCUACUAAAAAUCAAGGAACUUAUUUCACAAAUGCUGGAAUGAACCAAUUCAAGCCGAUAUUUUUAGACACCAUUGAUAAGAGCCAUCCUAUGUCAGACUUGAGACGUGCUGUCAACAGUCAGAAGUGUGUACGUGUGGGAGGUAAACACAAUGACCUGGAGGAUGUUGGUAAAGAUCUCUUCCACCACACUUUCUUUGAGAUGUUAGGAAGUUGGUCUUUUGGAGAUUAUUUCAAGAUGGAAGCCUGCAGUAUGGCAUUGGAACUUUUGACAACAGUGUACAAAAUACCAAUCAACAGACUUUAUUUUACAUACUUUGGAGGAGAUGAAGGUCAAGGACUGGCGCCUGACAUUGAAACAAGAGAUAUAUGGCUUAGUUUAGGUGUUUCAGCUGACAGAGUUUUACCGUUUGGGAUGAAAGAUAAUUUCUGGGAUAUGGGAGACUCAGGGCCUUGUGGACCGUGUACAGAAAUUCACUAUGAUUACAUAGGAGGUCCAGACUCAGUGAGACUGGUGAAUAUGGGCUUUCCUGAGGUUCUAGAAAUAUGGAAUUUAGUAUUUAUGCAAUACAACAGGAGAACAGAUGGCACUUUAAAGCCAUUGAAUAGGGUACAUGUUGAUACAGGGAUGGGAAUGGAGAGAAUGUUGGCUGUGAUGAACAACACAUCUUCAACUUAUAAUACAGAUCUAUUUAUUCCUGUGUUUAAUGCUAUUCAAAAGGGUUGUAAUAUUAAAGGUUACGGUGGGAAAACCAAUGAUCCUAUAGAUACAGCCUACAGGAUUGUAGCUGAUCACACCAGAAUGGCUUCAGUCUGUAUUGCUGAUGGUUUGCUACCAGGAACUAGAGAUCAGGGACACAAGCUGAGGUCUGUUUUGUUCAGAUGCUUUCACCAAUCAAAGCGGAUGUUACAAAUGCCUCAUGGAUUAGUGCCUUCACUUGUUGAUGUGGUUGUCCAAAGUCUGGGAGAAGCUUUUCCUGAAUUGCAAGAACAUAGAUUAAAAAUUAAAGAUGUGAUAUCUGAGAGUGAGGACCAUUAUGAAAAAGUAUUUAGAAUUGGAGCAAAAGCUUUUGACAAAUACUUGUCUUCUAACAAGGAUACCCCAUCAAGACAUUUAACAGAUAAGAUUUUAAUGGAUAUAGUUGAUGGUAAAUACAGUGAUGGGUAUGGCAUACCAUCAGAAAUGUUACCACACCUGGGUGAAAUAUACAAUGUAUCAUUAGAUAUACAAGGCUUACAGCAAAUUGUAGAGCAAAAUCAAAGUAAAGAACAGGUUGAAAACACAGAAAAAGCAUUUCUUUCACCAGAAACUCUAAAGGAAAUAGUUGGUAUGGGAAUCACACAUACUGAUGACAGUUUAAAGUAUAUGUAUAAAUAUCACAGUAAAGAUGGUGUGUAUGACUUCCCUCAGGGAAUGAAGGCAAUAGUUUCAGCCAUUGUUAAAGAUGACCAUUUGUUCAGUGAAGCUGUGGGACAAGAAGAGUUUGGUAUUCUGUUAGAUAAAACAAUAUUUUAUGGGGAAUGUGGUGGACAGAUUGCAGAUAAAGGAUGUAUUAAGACUAAUAAUGGCGUUUUCUAUGUUAGAGAUGUACAGAUAUUUAAUAAGUAUGUUCUACAUAUUGGUAAUAUGGAAUCAGGAAAUAUCAGUGUUGGAGAUUCUGUUUUCCUUCACAUUUACGAGGAUCACAGAUUAGGGUGUACGAAGAAUCAUACAGCUACACACAUACUGAACGGAUGUCUGAGGAAGAUUUAUAAUAAUGUCAGACAGGAAGGAUCUAGAGUCUCUCCUCAUAAAUUCUCUUUUGAUUUUUCAACGACUUCCCAAAUGAAGCAAGAAGAUCUGACUACAUUACAAGAUAAUGUACAACAAAUCAUCAAUUCUGGUUUAACAAUCUGUAGAGGACUUCAGCCACUAGAUCAGGCAUUACAGAUACCUAAUAUAAUAACAAUGACAGAUGAGGAGUACCCAAGUCAUGUAUAUACAGUUAGGAUAGGAAGUGAAACAAGUGAAUUCUCGACAGAACUUUGUGGAGGAACACAUGUAACAAAUACCAAAGAUAUUGAAUCAUUUUGUAUAACAUCAGCUUCUAUGUCACCACUUGGUAUAAAACGUAUGACAUGUUUGUCAGGAACUCAAGCAAAACAGGCUAUUGAUAAUGGAUGUAAACUUGAGAAUUAUCUGCAGAAUUUUGAAGCUAUGAUAAAAUCUGAAUCUGAAACUGAUACUUGGUUAGACAGAGUUAAAUAUAUCAAUAAGGUUUUAAAAGAUGAAGCUAUACCAAAGACAGUUCAUGAUGAUAUCAGACUUAGAGUGGACAGACUGGGGGAUUCUUUGAAGGCAGUGUUAAAUACUAUAAAGAAAGAACAACUCAGACAGGGAAUUUUAGAGCAAUUGGAAAACACUUCAUCAGCUUGCUGCACUGUAACGACAGAAUUAAUUUUAACUCCACAAGUUAUUCAACAAGUUUUAAUUGAUGUAAAUUCAAGCAGACCAGUUGCAGUUGUUUCAACUCGGGACAAAAAUUUAUCAAUAGUUGUAGGUUUUAAUGAGAAUAUAGAAUUAGAUGAUGGUAUUGAGGCAGUGUUGAAAAGUGUCGACAGUGAUAUUAAAUUAAAGAAAAAAGGGAAAAAGAACUGUACCUUUCUGAUAAUAACACUAAAACGAAAAGCUUUAGAAAAAAGUGUAGCUAUAUGUGAUAAAUUACAGAGUGUUUUUAGUUGACAAUAAAAUUACUAUAUUUUAAGGCAA